CAUGUAGGGCAAACUUUUUGCGAGAGGAAUAAAACCACCGCCCGUGUUGUGGAAAAUUCUCUUCUCUCCUAUUACUGCAAAGAUUUGAAAUAUUCACAAUGGAAAACGAAGAUAUGGCAUUGAAAGAUGCAAAAAGACGAGAACGUCAAUCAGGUCCAAGCAGCACUUUGCAUGAUGCAGAAGCCUUGGAAAAUGGAGACACCAACAUUGGCGUAUGUGGCUGGUUGUUGGUGCUGUUGUCUCUUCUACUCAUGAUAGUCACACUGCCUAUCUCCAUUUGGAUGUGCAUCAAGAUUGUGAAGGAGUAUGAGAGAGCCAUUAUUUUCCGCCUGGGACGCCUUGUGCGAGGAGGAGCCAAAGGACCAGGUUUGUUCUUCAUCUUGCCGUGCACCGACAGCUUCAUCAACGUGGACAUGCGCACCAUCACCUUUGACAUCCCACCACAAGAGGUUUUGACCAAAGACUCCGUGACAGUGAGUGUGGAUGGCGUGGUGUACUACCGGGUUCAGAAUGCCACUCUGGCCGUGGCCAACAUCACCAACGCUGAUGCCGCAACACGCCUGCUGGCCCAGACCACGCUGAGAAAUGUUCUCGGGACCAAGAACCUGGCUGAGAUCCUUUCGGACCGUGAAGAAAUUGCACACAGCAUGCAGUCCACCCUUGAUGACGCCACUGAUGACUGGGGAAUCAAGGUGGAGCGAGUGGAGAUCAAAGAUGUGAAGCUACCUCUGCAGCUCCAGAGAGCCAUGGCGGCCGAGGCUGAAGCCACCCGGGAGGCCAGAGCCAAGGUUAUCGCCGCCGAGGGCGAGAUGAACGCCUCGAGGGCAUUGAAGGAGGCAUCCCUGGUGAUUGCCGAAUCUCCGUCCGCGCUGCAGCUGCGCUACCUGCAGACCCUCAACACCAUCGCCGCCGAGAAAAACUCGACUAUCAUCUUCCCUCUGCCUCUGGAGAUGAUGCAGGGCUUUACCAAACGUUAAGCAUCCAUCCAAUCCGGCCCCAAACGUGCACGCAACAAGCAUUCGCAUCAAAAACAUUUCAAAGUGACGUUGCAUACAUUCACAUACUUCUUAUGUAAUGCCUGAUGCUGCAGUUUUGCGCCAGUCACUGCCUCCGUGCAUUUUAUUGUAGUUGUUUCGAGGUUUUAACUCGCUACUGUUUUUAUCAUUGAAUGUUUUGUUUUUUUGUUUUUUGUUUUUGCUAACGUGUUUCCACAUCUUCUAACCGUGUUUGUAGGCUCUCCGUCCAUCCAUUUUCUAAUUCGCUAUUCCUCACAAGGGUCAGGGGCGCGCUGGAGCCUAUUCCAGCUGUCUUCAAGCAGUUGGCGGGGGACACCCGAAACCGGUUGCCAGCCAAUCGCUGGGCACACAUGGACAAAUUACCAUUUUCACUUACAAUCAUACCUAUCAAAAAUUUGGAGUGUGCCAUUACAUUAACCUGCCAUGCAUGUUUUUGUAAUGUGGGAGGAAACCGUAAUACCCGAAGAAAACCCACACAGGCACUGUGAGGCCAAAGUGCGAACCAGCCGGCCACCGUGGCAUGGAGGCUCCUGUCCGGUGGGCUAUUGAAAUGUCAAAUUUCUUGUAAUGAAUGAUGCCUCACAGAUGAAAGCUAACAGUCGAUGGGAAAAUCAUAAGGCUUUCCAAAUGAACUCCAGUUACAUGGACACGCUUGCCGUCGCGUCGCUUUAGUAGUUGAGAGUAAAAAUUAAUGCCCUACGCUUUUUACACCACAGUGCCACCUUCUGGAACUCCCUCAGCCUUAAAUCCUCAAGUCUUUCUCACGAAUAAAUGAUCGAGCCACGUCUUUAGUACGUUGUACAGCUUUAGAGCCAUACCAUGCGUUCACGUAGCAGCGAUGUAACACGUAGAGGAGUUCAUGCGAACCUGCAUGAGGAAUCCUUAAGUAUAGAGAAUUUGAAGAGUGCCAUACAAUUAACAGUAUUGUUUCACAAGAUAUAUUUGUCAAUAAUUUAGUUACAGAUUACAAGUUCAACCUAGAGGUAACACUCAUGUUUUAAUCAAUAUUGAACACUGUAUUUGCUGCUUAUUUGGCUGGAUUCUCAUAUAGCUAAUGUCAUUUUAAGAUUUUUUUAUUUUAAUUUUUUGGAUGGGGGCGAGGGGCUCCCCUGCAACAUAGACAAGCCAUACAUGUGUCGUAGAUUAUUGCUUCAUGGGAGCUAAUGCUCCCUAAGAAUGCUCCUCUGCAAUGUAAAAAGCCUUAAUUUACUGCCAUGGAUUUGGGCUCUUUUUCUAUGCAGUUUUAAAUGUAGCAUCAGAGUUUUUAAUUUGCUUCUUAUUCAGUCAGUCAAUUCCUCUCUUAAAAGGUUAAGAGUGUUUGUAUUGGGCUGUCUUUAAAGUUGAAUUGUCGUGUUUGAACUGUGAUGUGACCAGUAGUUGUUACAAUAUGGAGAAAAUUUCUAACUCAAGAGCUUUACUAAAUCAUUCAGGUGUGUGCGCAUGUGCUUUACAAUGCAAUUGUAUUCACGUUUAGCUUUGAGAAGUUGUAUUACUCUAUGCUAUGUGUUUUUGUGUGUGUGUGUGUGUGUGUGUUUAAAUUUUAUAUAUAUAUAUAUAUAUAUAUAUAUAUAUAUAUAUAUAGGUAUACAGUAUAUUGUUUAAAUACACACAGACGUGUUGCUACAGUACCCAUUAUAUUAUCACACUGGAACUGUUGGGUUGAUGUUACAUUUUUGGCGUUGUAGUACAGUUGCAUCUGGUGUGUUUUGCCCAUUUGCAACAGCAUUCGUCCGAAUGAAACGCUAGUGAUGAAAAUUGGAGGAAAUUGUUAUAAAUUGCUAUUGUCUUGAUUUUUGUUCGUGGUAAAUGAUGUAAAUGUUAAUUUACAUUAUUUGAAACCUACUGGGCAUCGAAUUUAUUUUUUGCUGUUUUGUACAAUAUUUAGGAUUGAAGACUGUUCUGAUCCCAAAGCUGGAAAUUAAAUUUCAAGUCCAUUUUUGUUAUGAUUUUUAUCUCACAUUAUUAAAAAUGCUAUUAAAUCUUCAA